CGCUGCGCCGCGCUUGGACUCCAUUUCCCAGCAGGCUGCGCCAAUGGCUUCCCGGCGCAGAAGGUUUGAGGCCUUGGAGAUGAGCUCGGCGGAGAGGUCCCAGAGGGGGUUCAAGCGGACGGCGGAGCCGCCCGCUGAGGACGGACACGGGAGCUGGGAGCAAGCCGACCUGGGAAACGAGGAACGCAAGCAGAAAUUUCUCCGACUUAUGGGAGCCGGAAAGAAAGAGCACACCGGACGCUUGGUGAUCGGCGAUCACAAAUCAACGUCCCACUUCAGAACUGGUGACGAAGACAGGAAAAUGAACGACGAAUUGGAGCACCAGUUCCAGCAAAGCAUCGACAGCACGUUGUCUGGGAGGAACCGGCGUCACUGCGGGCUUGGGUUCAGUGAGGAGGAUUCCCCAUCUGAAAAGGAAGCGGCUCAGCCUGAAAGCGCCCCCCGGACAGAGUCCUCUUCUGGGUCCAGCGACAGCUGCAGCUCCACAGACAGUGAAAGCGAAAGCGAAGACGAGAAAACUACAGAGAAACCACAAACUGUAGAAGAGGCCGACGGCGACCAGGAGGGCAAGGAACGCAAGAGCAACUACAAAAUGAUGUUCGUUAAAUCCAGCGGCUCCUAACUCGCUGGGGGGGUCAUUGCUGAGAGUCUCGGGACCUGGCCUUUCUCUAUCCUCUUUGCCAAGUGUCAAAAUCUCGUCCGUUCUUACAGAACCUUCCCUUCUGUGUCGUCACUUACACUGGAGGCUUAAAAACAAUGGAGGACUGGGAAACCGUCCUAAAAAUAAGAGCCGAAAUCAGUGUUCCUGCAUCCAGCAGAACGAAAGUAUGAUUUGUUACCAAAUCUUCCCCUUUCCGCAUUAAAACUCACCUGACGGUGUCAGACGUCCCCCAUCAGAUUGCGCAAUUAAACCGCUGGCAACGAAAUCCUUAUUUAACAAACAAACCUUUGUGUUAAUAUCGGCACACCUGACGGCCCUGUGUUCCUUGUGGGUGUGAAAGUGUUAGCUGUGUUUUUAGUGAUUGCGUGUGUGGAGGGGGAAGCGUUUUAUGUUGAGCGUGUUUAUGAUAUUUUUUUUUUAGUCCAAACAGUUAAAUAUAAUUUAUGUACGGAGAGCGUUUUUCUUGACGUAUUUUUGAACACGAAUAUCAGGGAGAUUUACCCCAAUGUGAGGGGCUGUAGAGUCCUGUAUAAGAAAUUUUGUUUGUUUUUAGAGAUGUUUAAGGAAAUGUUACUGGGUUCUGACAAUUUUCGACUUCUGCAUUACACUAAACUCAUUCAAAACAAUUCUUGUUGCCCCAAAUGGUUUGUAGGAGGGUACCUGUGGGGAAACGUUGAGCCCAUGCACCUUCACGAAAUCUGGGGAGCUUAUCGCAUGGAUCAAAAGCUUGGCUCUAGGGACAAAAUAACUGUUUCUGAUCAUAAAUAAAAUUUAAGGUUUGGUUUAA